UGAUAUCCCAACUUUGCGCCCCCAUCUUCCUCUUCAUACAUACAAUCAGUUGUUGUGUAUUACAAAGAAACAAGGCUCCAGUUUUUAUUGUUUUCCCCCCAAGCUCCCUCUCUUUGAUCAUCAUUCAGCAGCCAUGGCCGAACCAAGCAAUGUCGAAUCUCGAGACAUUAAUGUCUCUUCUUCUCUUAACUCUUUUCAGCAGAUCUCCAAAGAUAUGCAAGGAUCUGAUAAUCCUAUUCCUCUUUCACCACAGUGGCUUCUGGCGAAGCCCGGGGAGAGCAAAUCUGGAAUGGAUUCCCAUCUCAGCCCGUAUCCAGGUUAUGGUGGUCGCUCAGAUAUAUCAAAAUCAUCUGGUGACGAAAUUUUUGAGGCAGAUAAGAAAAGGGAUGUUUUCAGACCAACAGUGCAUGAUCUGGAAUCUGGUCGUCGUGACCGCUGGCGCGAUGAAGAAAGAGACACCGGUUCUGCUAUUCGCAGGGAUCGGUGGAGGGAGGGGGACAAGGAGCUUACGGAUCCCCGCAAGACUGACCGGUGGGUGGACAAUUCCUCUAACAGGAGUGUUGGAGAAGUUCGCCGACCCCCAUCCGAACGCUGGGCUGAUUCGAGUAAUCGAGAUACCAACUAUGAUCAGCGUCGUGAGAACAAAUGGAACACACGUUGGGGGCCAGAUGAGAAGGAAUCAGAAAGUUGGCGUGAGAAGCUCGAUGUUGGUCGAGAUGGUGAGGUCCCUCGUGACAAAGGAUUACCCUAUCUAUCUCCUCACGGAAAGGACGAAAGGGAGGGGGAUCACUACCGGCCAUGGCGAUCUACUGCUUCUCAAAGCCGGGGAAAAGGAGAGUCUCCUCAUCCAGUAACCCAAAUUCCAACCAAACAGACUUCAUUUGGUUAUGGUAGGAGCCGAGGGGAAAAUGCUCCUCCAACCUUUUCUAUUGGUCGUGGAAGGGGUGGGUCCGCUGGGAAUUCUAUGCAGAGCGUUUCUUCUCAGUCCUAUUCAUCAGGUUCUGUCUUGGAGAGGGGUGAAAGUGGGCAUGGCGAUCCUUCUCCUUUAAAAUAUAGUAGGACAAAAUUGCUUGAUCUUUUCAGGACAACUGAUUUGAGAUCCCAUAAGAAGCCGUUGGAUGGGUUUGCAGAGAUUCCUUCUCUGACACAGGAAGAUUCAUUAGAGCCUCUUGCUCUAUCUGAACCCACUCCAGAAGAAUCGGUUAUUCUGAACGGAAUUUUAAAAGGAGACAUAGUAAGUAGUGGCCUGCCCCAGAGUUCGAAAGAUGGAUCUGUUGGUAGGAAUACUUCAGAUGGGGUGCAAUCAAGGCGAAACAAGUUUGAUGAUUUGCCACCUCACUCUGACGAUUAUAAGGAUGAAAGUGCUGACAAUUCUAAAGGUGGUCUCUUUUCUCGGAGCCCUUCAAAAGAGAAGUACGUGCAUCCUCAUGGUUCUGACAUGAAGUUUGAAGCAUCUCAAAACCCCCACAGCCACCGUGAUAGCAAAUAUGUCGCAGAAGCUGUGAGGUCAGAUGGCUUUCUCCGGAAGAAAGCUGAUGAAGCGGGAGUCAUCAGGGAAGUGGGUGCACAAGGUUCUGCCCAUCCUGUUACUCCUUGGAGAUCUCAGUCUCACGGGGAGCACUCACAUGGUCAAUUGCAUGAGUGGAGAGGUCUUCCAAAUGAGAGUAGGUCAAGAACAGAUAUGGACAGGUCGCGCUCGCAGAAAGACCGGGAUCCUGAAAGGGAGAGUAGUGCUGCAGUUUCGUCAUACUACAGAGCUGAGCCAAAUUGGCGAAGUACUGAGGGGUUCCACUCAGAAACAUCUCGUGAUCCUAUUAUUAGAAGACAACCGUCCGGGGUGUUGGAUAGGGAGCAGGAAGCCAGAAAGUUCUUACCGCAGACUUCGCCGGAAGAUCUAUCUCUGUUUUACAAAGACCCACAAGGUCAAAUUCAAGGUCCUUUCUCCGGCAGUGAUCUUAUUGGGUGGUUUGAAGCUGGCUUUUUUGGCAUAGACUUGGAGGUUCGUGUAGCAGGUGCUCCACCUGAUACACCCUUCUCAUCACUUGGGGAUGUGAUGCCCCAUUUAAGGGCAAAAGCCAGGCCACCACCUGGUUUUGCCGCUCCUAAACAAAGUGACAUAUCAGAGCCAUUAAAUGUGUCUAAGUUUAGUAGCAUGGGAAUGCAUCAUGCAGCUCCAAGCGAGAUUGACAUCCUAAAGACUGACCCAAGAAGUAGACAAGGUUCCAUGGCUGAAGCUGAUAAUAGAUACUUGGAAUCACUUAUGUCUGGAAAUACAAGCAGUUCCGCACUAGAUAAGUUUUCUGAAGGUUUGCAAGGGUAUAUUGGUAAUAAUUCUGGUGGGAUGCCUUCAAUGGGAGGGGAUAGUGGACGUGAUCUCAAUUAUCUCCUGGCCCAGAAAAUGGCAUUGGAACGACAGAGGUCAAUUCCAAGUCCUCACUCCUAUUGGCCAGGGAGAGAUGCUGCGCCCAUGGUUCCAAACGCAGAUAUUGUCCCUGAAACUCCUCCACAUGCAAAACUCUUACAAUCAGUUGACAGUCCGCGCCAGAUUCCCCUUCCUCAAAAUAUGGACUUGAUGUCUUUGCUACAAGGCGUGGCUGACAAGUCCCCUGUUGCCAAUAAUGGAGUUAGUGGUUGGUCAAACUUUCCUGUUCAAGGUGGCAUACACCAUGAGAAAACAGACUUGCAUCAGAAUCAGCAUUUCCCUCCACUGUCUCCUUAUGGACAUCAACAGCAACAGAGGCUGCAGCCUCAGAAUCUACCCUCAUCAACUAGUAUGGUUGGUCAAAAUGUAGAUCAUCCUUCAGGCGUUGCAACCAAGGAGAACCUGCUGUCUUCUGUUCUUUCUCAAGACCCUCAAAUGUUAUCUAUGUUGCAAGAUCAGUACCUAUUAUCUCAACUUCAAUUGCAUUCCCAGGCAUCCGUUCCCCAACAACUUUCAGUACUUGACAAACUCUUGCUGCUCAAGCAGCAGCAGCAAAAACAGGAGCAGCAGCAGCAGUUAUUACGGCAGCAACAGUUGCUUUCACAGGUUCUCUCUGAGCGGCAAUCUCACCAGCACUUCGGUGAUCCAUCUUAUGCGCAUAUUCAGGCUGCUGCUGUAGCAGCAGGGAGUGGUCCUCUUGAUCACCAUGUGCUUCGUCCCCCGCAUGAAUUUAUGAUGAAUUCACAGGCAUCUAUUCCGAAUUCGCAAGGUGGCCUUACUAGUAACAGUUUGACCGGGCCUCCUCAAAUUUCUAAUGAUGUUGGACUUAGCGUCAGUUCUGGAGUCUCUCCAUUAUCAAACCUGCCACAUCAUAUCUUUGAAGGCCAAAUUCCUAGAAAUGGUUGGGUUACUGCUCAGCCUGAACACAUUGGUCACAAUCAAAACAAAGAUGUGUUACCAGCAGUGGCACAUGGUACACCUUCGCAGGAGGCAACAGAGAAAUCUCUGGAUGAUUUCCAUGUUCUGCAGAAGAACGGUCUUGUUUCGAGUAACUAUGAUGCUGUAGUUCCGGGCCACAUAUCACAAGAUAUUUCCAAGGGUGGUGAUUCAGUUUCAAGUUUAUCUUCAGCAUGUCCAGAAGGUGUUGAGCCAUCUGAAGUUGAGCCCCACACUGUGAGAGAAGAAAAAAGUGUGGAAGUACGUGAGGUGAAGAAAACAUCAGACAAGAAGUCCAGGAAGCAAAAGAAUUCUAAGGCGCAACAAUCUGCGGACCAGGCUAAAGGCGGCGCAUCUGCGGCAUCUUCGCAGCAACAACCUAAGCUUUCUGAAGGUGGUAAUCUGGAUUCGUAUGCAGGUGAUGCAGCAGAAGCAGCACUUCAUGGGGAAUCUUACGGGAAGACAGAGGAUAUCAAAUCUGGAAGCUCAUUUCAGAGAAGCAGUUUGGGUAAUGAAAUAGAAACUGUUGAAGGUUGGGGUGGUUCAGAGUCAUUGCAAAAUGCAGAAACACAUUCAGUUCAACGAGCUUGGAAACCUGCACCUGGUUUUAAACCAAAGUCGCUCUUGGAAAUUCAACAAGAGGAGCAAUGGAGGGCACAAAAAGAAAUUGCUACUUCUGAGCCUGUAUCCUCCUCCGUUAAUUCAAAUUUCUCGAGUCCUUGGGGUGUGGUUGUACCUACUUUGGAGCCAAACCCUACCAGAGAUAACUAUCAUGAUGCAGGGAAUGAGAUGUUUAUGCCAGGUAAAUCUUCUGGAAGUUUUCCACCGCAAAAGAACAAGAAGAGCCAGUUACAUGAUUUAUUGGCAGAAGAAGUUCUUGCCAAGUCCUAUGAGAGAGUUGUAGAAGAGCCUCCGCUACCAGUUAUGACCAAUCAAGUGGAUUCAUCGGUUGACGAUUCCAAUUUUAUUGAAGCAAAAGACACCAAAAAGAGUCGUAAAAAGUCCGCAAAGGGAAAGGGUACUGGGAGUAAGGCUACACCUGCAGUUGUUUCAUCUGAUGUUCAUGUUGCAUCAAGCCCCGUGGAGAAAGGAAAGAACACUCGUCAAGUGCAGCAGGAGAAGGAGGUUUUACCUGCACCCCCAUCAGGUCCUUCUUUAGGAGAUUUCGUUUUAUGGAAAGGGGAACCAGCAAACCCUUCGCCUGCUCCAGCUUGGUCUACUGAGCCAGGGAAGCUGUCAAAACCAACAUCCUUAAGGGACAUCCAAAAGGAGCAAGAGAAAAGAGGGCCUUCUGUCCAGCAGCAUCAGGUGCAGGUUCCAACCCCCCAAAAAGUCCAAGCUACCAAGAACACUCGUGGAAGUGGUGCUUCAUGGCCUAUUGCCGGAACCUCCCCAUCUAAAUCAACGUCUUCUAUCCACAUCAAUUCUGCUGCUAAUGCUCAGUCAAAAUCUAUGGCAGAUGAUGAUUUAUUCUGGGGCCCUCUUGAUCAACCAAAACAAGAAUUGAAUCAGUUUGAUUUUCCAGCUGUAAACACAAGCAACUGGGGAUCCAAAAGCAGCACAGUGAAGGGUACACAAGGAGGAGUGGCAAGUCGGCAGAAGUCCACAGGCAACAAGCCUGUUGAUUAUACUCUUUCAUCCUCCCCAGCUGCCCAGUCCUCACUGAAAGAGAGGAGGGAUGCCAAGCAUUCGGAGGCUAUGGACUUCAGAGAUUGGUGUGAGAACGAGGCGUUUAGGCUUAUCGGCUCUACAGACACAAGCUUCCUGGAAUUUUGUCUGAAGCAAUCAACUUCAGAGGCUGUGACACUUUUGAUAGAGAAUCUUGGAUCGUAUGAUCCUGAUCAUAAGUUCAUCGACAAGUUCCUAAACUACAAGGAAAUGCUGUCAGCUGACGUACUUGAGAUUGCCUUUCAAGCUCGCAGUGACCGCAAGUCUGCUGGGACUUUUGUAGGAGAAGUAAAAAAUAAGAACAAUAUAGGCCGCAACGGGGACUUGGGCCUCGCAGGUACCGUUGGAGCAGCUUCAGAAGGAUUAACACAGGGAGGAGGCAAGAAGAAAGGAAAGAAAGGGAAAAAGGUCAGCGCAGCAUCACUUUUGGCAUUCAACGUAAAGAGUAACCGUAUCAUGAUGGGUGAGAUUCAAACCAUCGAUGAUUGAUGUGUGAGAGAGAUUGAUAGAUAGAGAGGAACAGUUGUAAAUACAAUUUCUGGAGAACUGACCAUCUGUACAUGUUCUUUUUUUCUCUUAGGAUUUAAUUUCAAUUUUGACUCACCAUCUAAAGUAGUAGAUUAUCAGCUCAAAAGCAGUUUUGUGGAGUUAUACUGGAAAAGUAGAUUACUUUGCCUUCCUUGUCAGAUGUUGGUUACUUAGUUGAAAAACGUAGCAUGUUAUAUUUUAAUCCUAAAUGAAGGUAAACAGAUAAAUUUUUGAGGUAA